AUGGGGAGCCCGCGCGCCGCGCGCCUGCGGCCGCUGUGCCGCCCGCUCAAGCCGCUGCGGAGGCGCCUGCGGCUGCUGCUGCUGCUCGCCGCCGCCUCCGUGGCGCUCUGGACGCUCUACCUGGAGCUCGUGGCGUCGGCCCGGGUCGGCGCGAACCCCCUGCACCGCCGGUAUGGCAGCUGGAGAGAACUGGCCAAGGCCCUAGCCAGCAGAAACAUCCCAGCUGUGGACCCAGAUCUCCAGUUCUAUCACCCCCAAAGGCCCAGCCUCAAGGACCAAGAAAUUGACCGAGGUAGGAGAGGGAACAGUAGCUACCUGAGCUGGAACAAGCCUGUCCCUUGGCUUUCAGAGUUCCGGGGCCGCGCCAACCUGCAUGUGUUCGAAGACUGGUGUGGCAGUUCCAUCCAGCAGCUCAGGAGGAACCUGCACUUUCCACUGUACCCCCACAUCCGCACAACCCUGAGGAAGCUGGCCUUGUCCCCCAAAUGGACCAACUAUGGCCUCCGCAUCUUUGGCUAUCUGCACCCCUUCACUGAUGGGAAGAUCCAGUUCGCCAUCGCUGCUGAUGACAACGCUGAAUUCUGGCUGAGCCAUGACGACCAGGUCUCAGGCCUUCAGCUGCUGGCCAGUGUGGGCAAGACAGGAAAGGAGUGGACCGCCCCUGGAGAGUUUGGGAAAUUUCAGAGUCAAAUUUCCAAGCCAGUGAGCUUGUCCGCCUCGCUCAGGUACUACUUUGAGGUGCUGCACAAACAGAACGACGAGGGCACUGACCACGUAGAGAUCGCGUGGCGACGGAACGACCCCGGAGCCAGGUUCACCAUCAUUGACUCCCCUUCCUUGUCCCUCUUCACAAAUGAGACCAUCCUAAGAAUGGAUGACGUGGGCCACAUCCCACAGACAGCAGCCAGCCAUGUGGGCUCCUCCAACUCCUUUCCCAGAGAUGAGCAGCCCCUGGCCGACAUGCUAAGGCCUGACCCUCGAGACACCCUUCAUCGAGUGCCUCUGAUCCCCAAGUCCCACCUGCGCCAUGUCCUGCCCGACUGUCCUUACAAACCCAGUUACUUGGUGGACGGGCUCCCUUUGCAGCGCUACCAGGGCCUCCGCUUUGUUCAUCUGUCCUUUGUUUAUCCUAAUGACUAUACCCGCCUGAGCCACAUGGAGACUCAUAAUAAAUGCUUCUACCAGGAAAGUGCCUAUGACCAGGACAGGUCCAGCUUCCAGGAGUACAUGAAGAUGGACCAGCCGGACAAGCAGGACAUGGAACAUCCAGGUUUUGAAGAGAACUUUCUAGAAGAAUCCCAGUAUGAGGAAGUUGCAGAGGAGACCCCUGCCUUCCAAGACCAGAAUACUGGGACACAAGGGAGAAAACGCAUGCCUUCCUCCACCCCGGGGCAGGAGGGCACCGACUACCACCUGCGAAGCCUGCGGAAGCUCCUGGCUCAGCCCCCCCGCAGUGCCUUGCUGGCAGCCUUUCCCGAGCAUAAUUCCACUGAUCCCUUCCUAGCGAGGACUAGCUAUGUUCCAGUCCAGCCAUCAGGGGCUGAGAAGAGAAGACCCAGCCCCGGGCCCAGGCAAGACGUGCCUCUUUCUGACAAAGAGCCUCAGAGGCCCGGGGAGUCGAACCUGCCACGCACGCCGACGCCCAGCCCCGAGAGCAAGGUCAAGCAGUCCCAGUGGCUGAAUCAAGUGGAGUCAUACAUCGCAAAGCAGAGAAGGGGUGACGGGAUGGACCCUCAGGCCCCUAACAGGGGUUGGCAUGGGGAGGAAGAAAUAGUGGCAGCUGAAGGCCAGGAAGGAGAUGUGGAGGGAGAGGAAGAGGGGGAAGAAGAAGAAGAAGAGGAAGAGGAAGAUAUGAGUGAGGUGUUUGAAUAUGUCCCUGUAUUUGACCCAGUGGUCAACUGGGACCAGACGUUCAGUGCCCGGAACCUUGACUUCCAAACCCUGAGGAAUGACUGGAUCGAUCUGAGCUGUAACACGUCUGGCAACCUGCUGCUUCCAGAGCAGGAGGCCCUGGAGGUCACGCGGGUGUUCCUGAGAAAGCUCAGCCAGAGGAGCCGGGGGAGAUACCAGCUUCGGCGCAUCGUGAACGUGGAGAAGCGCCAGGACCAGCUCCGCGGGGGUCGCUAUCUCCUGGAACUCGAGCUGUUGGAGCAAGGUCAGCGCCUGGUGCGGCUCUCUGAGUAUGUGUCCACCCGAGGCUGGCAGGGCAUCGAUCCAGCCGGCGGGGAGGAGAUGGAGCUUCGCAACCUACAGGGUCUGGUCUGGAGCCAACACAACCGCCGGAGGCGUGUGCUGAAUGCCCGCGACCCGGAGCCCAAGCUCUGCUGGCCCCAGGGUUUCUCCUGGAACCAUCGAGCCGUGGUGCACUUCAUUGUGCCUGUGAAGAACCAGGCUCGCUGGGUGCAGCAGUUUAUCAGAGACAUGGAGACCCUGUCCCACAUCACCGGUGACCCACACUUCAACAUCAUUAUCACGGACUACAGCAGCGAGGACAUGGAUGUCGAGAUGGCGCUGAAGAGGUCCAAGCUGCGGAGCUACCAGUACACAAGGCUGAGUGGAAACUUUGAACGCUCAGCUGGGCUUCAGGCGGGCAUCGACCUAGUGAAGGACCCACACAGCAUCAUCUUCCUCUGUGACCUGCACAUCCACUUUCCAGCAGGAGUCAUUGAUACUAUCCGGAAACACUGUGUGGAGGGCAAGAUGGCCUUUGCCCCCAUGGUGAUGCGACUGCAUUGUGGAGCCACCCCUCAGUGGCCUGAGGGCUACUGGGAGGUGAAUGGAUUUGGACUGCUUGGGAUCUACAAGUCAGACCUGGACAAGAUCGGAGGCAUGAACACCAAGGAGUUCCGGGACCGCUGGGGUGGGGAAGACUGGGAGCUGCUGGACAGGAUUCUCCAAGCGGGCCUGGAGGUGGAGCGGCUCUCCCUCAGGAACUUUUUCCAUCACUUCCAUUCCAAGCGCGGCAUGUGGAACCGCCGCCAGAUGAAGAUGCCGUGACGCCCGCGAGCGGCUGCCCACAGCCCCAUGGCUUGCCAGCUGUUCCCCAGUGCCCUGUUGGCUGAUAGAAGAAGGAGCUUGCGGAGCAGAGGGCUUGGCACUUAACUCCCCUCUCCACCAAGAGCUGUCAACUCGCCAGAGAGGGAUGCCGAGGCUCCUUUGCCCCUCACUCAGUCAAUAGAUGGAACAGCCCCAGAGGAUGGACCAGGAAAGAUCUGCUCGAGCGAAUACCAUCCCUGUCCACAAGAGUGCAUCCCAGUGAUCCCAGUGCUCCUGUGUGUUGACCAUGAAUUGGAAACUUCUAGUGGACAUCUUUGCAGCGGGGGGGGGGGGGGAUAUAUUUUUAACAGAACCAAAACUGUUGUCUAGACCCAGCACUGACUGAGGGAUGAAGUUGUGCAUUACAGACCUCAGACCCAUGUACAUAGAGAGUUGGGCACUGUCCCUGACUCACUGGUCCUGUGUGGAGCACUGCUGAUUCCAGCCCAGGCUCGUGCCUUCCAGACGAACAUACACAUCUCUCCUGGUAGCCACUGAAUGGCUGACCACCACGUAGGGCAUUAACCUAACUUCUUCAGGUGGCACAGACUUCAGGCCAGAAGCUUAGAACUGCUGAUACCCUCUGCUGCAACGAGCUAUUGGGAGAUGGAAUUGCUGGGCAAUGGGCCCAGGCAUCCACUACACAGGCCACGUAGAAUUGUUAAGGUCAGGAGGGCGGAGCGUGCCCCUUCCCCUCCAGCUUUCCUGUGAAGUAAGGCCUCUGGAGGGAGUGGAAAGAGCCCAGAGAGUGUGAAAAGCCUGUCCGCUGUUUAGAAAGAAUACGGGAGAGGCUCGGGCAGAGGGGGACUAACAGGGAUGUAGCGUGGCAUCCCUCUAGCGCAGCGCCCCUGUGGCCUUGCCUCCUCGUAGAGAGAGUCUCAGAUACCGGACCUUGAUGGGAAGAGGAAGAGAGGGUACGAGUGAAAUCUCCCUCUCUCUCUCUCUAAUAAGUAAAUAACAAAAGUUCGCAGCUUCAGGGACAAUAGCCUGUGGCUGUUUCGUCUGUGGCCACCCUCCUAUCUCCUGAUGUCACGCGUUUAUCUUGCACUAGUGACCCCAGUGCUUUCGUGCCUGGGGACUUUGCUGCUGCUGCUGCUGUUGGAUUCACCAGUGGCGCAUCGGAUGCUGGGUCUUGAACUCAGUCUGGGGAAGGGGUGAGCUCAGGGCCUCUAUGCCGUGAGAAAGGGCUUGUGGGACACGCAACGGCCCCAGGAGGUCACUCGGGCCAGUCCAGGUGGCAUGCUGUGGUGGUCAAGAGCGCAGCAUUCGGAGCUGUGAUGUCCACUCAGUGGGCUCCGCAGGAGCCGAGAGCAGAGCUUGGCAUUGCGGGAGGAUGGCAUGCUGGGAGAGUGCUCUGGGCGCUGGCGACGGUCGCUCCCUCCCUGUGAGGACAGCGUGGCUCAGAGAGUGGUCUGUGGCAUCUGCUCAUCGCUGCUCAUGUCUUGUGACUUCUGCAAAGGACGUAUAGGGCGUAGGCUAGGGCCGCAGUUGGACAGUUGGCCAGGUUUCUCGCUGAGGUCGGGCACUCUUGACCGUGCCUGGAAGGCCGGAAUCAGUCCCGGCAGUCCUGGUCCACCUCCAAGGAUCAGGAGCCAUCUGGGCCUUCCCUGCCCUGCCCACCACCUCCCCCCCAAGGCCAGUGCCUUGUGUUCGAUGCCGGUUACCUCCUCACCAUCUGCCUUAAGGGAAGGGCCGGGCUUGGCCCCUACUUUGUAGAGAAAUACCAUGGGCGGGGGAGGGUGGGCACUAAAUACAGCAUCUUAAAAAACAAA